AUGGAAUCUCGUCACCAUAAAAAUGACAAAAAGGACGUGUUCGUGGUCAAGCACGGAAACGUUAAUCAAGAAACAAGAUUAACAUCUCUCAGUAGCCUGAAGCUUACGGAAGCACUGAAAGGCAUAUGUCAGGAAUCUGCCUGUCAGGUCCGGUACAACGACCGUCUCAACCUGAUCGCCGUCGAAGUUCUGAACGAACAAGCUGCACAGGCGCUUCUGAAAACCACGGACUUAUGUGGUAUACCGGUUCGACCUUACUUAGCUUUGUCUGGGCCCACGACAGUUGGCGUCAUCCGGGACGUUGACAUGGACGCUACAGAAGAACAGCUGGAACAUAAUCUCCGCUCAGAGAGCAAGAUCGCCGACAUCGGACGUCUUGGAAAGUCACGCGUUGUGAAAAUCACAUUUCAAGGCAGUCAGCUGCCAAACUAUGUUCUGCUGGGGUAUGUUCGUCACCCUGUGUUGCCUUAUAAGGAGAAACCGCUCCAAUGCCACAACUGCGGCGGAUUUGGUCACAAGAAGGUCCCCUGCACGCGCGCUAUGGCUUGCGAGCGAUGCGGAGAACACCACGAAGCAACCGAUGCCAUGUGUCAAUCACCGACACUGAGAUGUGUCAACUGCAAGGGAGAUCACGAGGCUACAUCACAUGCCUGCCCGAAGUGGAUCAAAGAGCGGAAGAUACUCACUUACUCCAAGACCAAUUCGAUUGGAUUUCGUGCGGCCAGGUCAGCCUUGGAGGGCCAGAAGGCAUCUCGGUCUGGCGAAGAGGAUGCCCAGCCAGAGAUACUGAGUAAACGGGCAAAACACCUUUAG